AACCGCACUGAAGUGAACUCUGAUGACAAUUGCUUUUCUCGGAGUGGCCAUAGAUACGCCACAGCCUCACCAGAAACCUGGAGUUAGCAUAGUAGACACCGCUCGACCAGUGUCAGACCGCCGUUAUGUCGUAAAGCCCAAGGUCGGCACACCAGCUCACCGCUCGCUAUAUCGCGCGCCUCGUUCGCUCCAUAGUCGCGCGUGCAUCCCGCCACCAUGGCGGCGCUCCCUCCUCGUCGUACCUCGUCGCCGGCCUGCUCGGCCGCCCGGGCGCCGCCAAGACCAUGGCGCGCACGGACGCCGCGCCCGCCGAUGGCCCCGCUGCGGGCGGUAGCGUGGGGCCCGGCGGCGGCGGGGAGUGGUACUUCAGCCGCGAGCACAUCGAGAAGCACUCGCCGUCGCGCGCCGACGGCAUCGACCUGCGGCGCGAGACGUACUUGCGGCGCUCCUACUGCACGUUCCUGCAGGACCUUGGCAUGCGCCUCCGCGUUCCGCAGAUCACGAUAGCCACAGCCAUCGUCUUCUGCCAUCGCUUCUUCAUGCGCCAGUCGCACGCCAAGAACGACCGCUACGCGAUAGCGACGGUGUGCAUGUUCCUGGCGGGUAAGGUGGAGGAGACCCCACGCGCGCUGCGGGAGGUGGUGCAGAAGAGCUUCGACGCGCAGGCCAGGAAGGACCCCACCGCCGCCGCCAAGCUGCCGCACAAGGCAAG